CACUGCAGAGAAAAAGUAUCGAAUUUGUAUACAAUAUAAAUUCAAGCCAAGUGAAUCAGCGUACUUGUACUCUCUCCCUCUAUCCAAGGCUUCUUCUAUGUGUCCUUCCUUCUGGUUCCAAAUCCCUAGGACAUAUCAAGGUUGAUUUAGUGAGUCCAUGGCAUCAAAGUUACCUCAGUUGCAGACAAAGCUGGUCCAGGUGUCAAACUUAUUAGCCAAGAAUGGAAAUACCUAUUACAAGCAGAUGAUGGAGAAGAACAAGGGCUAUAUCCAGGAGCCACCCACCAUCGAGAACUGUCAAACAUUAGCAAAGCAACUGUUCUAUACUCGUCUUGCCAGCAUUCCUAGUCGCUACGAAGCAUUCUGGAAGGAACUUGAAGGUCUCAAGGACGUUUUAAAAACCACAGGGGAACUGAAUGUGGAGAAAGCUGGCAUUAUUGCUCUGUUUGGGGUCGAGUGCUUUGCUUGGUUCUGGACUGGUGAGGUUGUAGGAAGGGGUGGUACAAUCACAGGCUACUAUGUUUGAGUGGCGCUGCAUUAGGACUAAAUCUAAUAGUUUAGUUGUUGGAGAUUACUAUAUGCAUGUGACCUGAGUCACAAUUUUCUUUUACAAUAGAAAUUUUGUUUUUUUUUCUGGACAUUUUAGUUGAAGCUGGCAAGUCAGCAUAAACAUCGCUUACAAAAUAAUUGGUAAGGUUUCUGUUUGCUUCUGGA